UGUCUGCAGUCUCUGGUCAUCUCCUGUAGUAUGUCCGCAGUCUCUGGUCAUCUCCUGUACUAUGUCCGCAGUCUCUGGUCAUCUCCUGUACUGUGUCCGCAGUCUCUGGUCAUCUCCUGUACUAUGUCCGCAGUCUCUGGUCAUCUCCUGUAUAUGUCCGCAGUCUCUGGUCAUCUCCUGUACUGUGUCCACAGUCUCUGGUCAUCUCCUGUACUGUGUCCGCAGUCUCUGGUCAUCUCCUGUACUGUGUCCCCAGUCUCUGGUCAUCUCCUGUACUGCGUCCGCAGUCUCUGGUCAUCUCCUGUAGUAUGUCCACAGUCUCUGGUCAUCUCCUGUACUAUGUCUGCAGUCUCUUGUCAUCUCCUGUACUAUGUUUGCAGUCUCUGGUCAUCUCCUGUACUAUGUCCACAGUCUCUGUUCAUCUCCUGUAGUACAUCCACAGUCUCUGGUCAUCUCCUGUAC